GCAGGGUGCAGCUACAAAGAGUGAGGAUUAAAGGGCCGCCUAUAACUUAUUCCUGCGCCCCAGGAGAGUUCAUCCAACAUUUAUGAACAGAAACAUCCCUGGGGACCCGAGCACACGAGCACGCAAGCACACGCGACCACACACAGACACCAUGCAGGAGUCGGAGCCCACGGUGUGCCAGCUGCAGCCCAACAUCAUCUCGGUGCGCCUUUUCAAGAGGAAGGUCGGGGGCCUGGGCUUCCUGGUGAAGCAGAGGGUGUCCAAGCCGCCCGUCAUCGUGUCGGACCUCAUCCGGGGCGGAGCAGCGGAGGAGUGCGGCCUGGUGCAGGUGGGCGACAUCGUGCUGGCUGUCAACAACAAGCCCCUGGUGGACCUGUCGUAUGAGCGGGCCUUGGAGACGCUGAAGAAUGUGCUGCCGGAGACCCACGCCGUCCUGAUCCUCCGCGGACCCGAGGGCUUCACCACCCACCUGGAGACCACCUUGUCUGGAGACGGCCGCCAGCGCACGGUGAGGGUCACGCGCCCCGCCUUCCCCCCCUCGAAGACGUGCGAGCAGUGGUCCCCCCUCAGCGCGUACAGCCCCGGGCAGCAGCAGCAGCAGCAGCAGCAGCAGGUCAACAAGGAGCCUCAGCUCAGGGCCAUCGAGAACCUGUCCUCUCCGUCCAUCACCCAGUCCCUCCUGCAGAGGGGGGGCGUUCAGGGCCAGGACCCUCUUCUGAUGAGGGACGGGGGCCGCGGCGCUCUCCUGUGCAACGGGCUGGAGGAGAACAACGAGCUGCUGAAGGAGAUCGAGCCGGUGCUGCGCCUCAUCAGAAACAGCAAGCGGGAGAUCAAUGGAGAGGGCCAGAGGAAUGCUGGCAGAAGGGACGCGGAGAUUCAAGUGGCCUGGGACCUUGGUGUGGGAAAUGGCACGUCCCCUCAGCUGGAGCCAGAUAAUGACAGAAUGCUGGAAAACAUGCCGGUGGUGCUCAACAACACCGACUCCGACAAGCCUCCGGCGCAGGGCAGAACCUCACCCAUUAAGUCCCUGCAGAAUGGCAGCCCUUCCAAAUGCCCCCGCUUUAUAAAGAUCAGGAACUGGGAGACUGGCACCGUCUACAGCGACACACUCCACCACAGCUCCAGCAAGACCCCGGUCUGCACUGAAAACGUGUGCAUCGGCUCCGUGAUGGUUCCCAACCAGAACCGCAAGGCAGACGAGGUCAGAACCAAAGAGGAGCUUCACAGGCUGGCCACCGACUUCAUAGACCAGUACUACACCUCCAUCAAAAGAUAUGGCUCUAAGGCUCACGAGGACCGGCUGGAGGAGGUGACCAGGGACAUUGAGACUACGGGAACUUAUCAGCUGAAAGACACCGAACUGAUUUACGGAGCCAAGCACGCCUGGAGGAAUGCCGCCCGAUGUGUGGGAAGAAUCCAGUGGUCCAAGCUACAGGUUUUUGAUGCCAGAGACUGCACAACAGCCCAUGGAAUGUACAACUACAUCUGCAACCACAUCAAGUAUGCCACCAACAAAGGCAACUUGAGGUCGGCCAUCACCAUAUUUCCUCAGCGGACAGAUGGCAAACAUGACUUUCGAGUGUGGAACAGUCAGCUGAUUCGCUACGCUGGCUACAAACAGCCUGACGGGCAGAUCGUGGGAGACCCCGCUAACGUUGAAUUCACAGAGAUCUGCAUGCAGCUCGGAUGGAAAGCUCCAAAGGGGCGUUUCGACGUUCUGCCUCUCCUGCUGCAAGCCAACGGAAACGACCCGGAGCUGUUCGAGAUUCCCGAAGACCUCAUCCUGGAGGUGCCGAUCACGCACCCGAAGUACGACUGGUUCAAGGAGCUGGAUCUGAAGUGGUACGGCCUCCCGGCGGUUUCCAACAUGCUGCUGGAGAUCGGUGGCCUGGAGUUCACCGGCUGCCCCUUCAGUGGCUGGUACAUGGGCACAGAGAUCGGCGUGAGGGACUUCUGUGACACCUCGCGAUACAACAUUCUGGAGGAUGUUGCUAAUAAGAUGGCCUUAGACACCAGGAAGACCUCCUCUCUUUGGAAGGACCAGGCUCUGGUGGAGAUCAACAUUGCCGUCCUCUACAGCUUCCAGUCCUGCAAAGUGACCAUCGUGGACCACCAUUCAGCCACAGAGUCCUUCAUGAAGCACAUGGAGAACGAGCAGCGGGUGCGAGGAGGCUGCCCUGGGGACUGGGUGUGGAUCGUGCCGCCAAUGUCGGGAAGCAUCACGCCGGUUUUUCACCAAGAAAUGCUCAACUACCACCUCACCCCUUCGUUUGAGUACCAGCCUGAUCCUUGGAAUACUCAUGUGUGGAAAGGAGUCAACGGGACGCCCACGAAGAAAAGAGCCAUUGGGUUCAAGAAGCUCGCCAAGGCUGUGAAGUUUUCAGCGAAGCUCAUGGGCCAAGCCAUGGCCAAGAGGGUCAAAGCCACCAUACUGUUCGCCACCGAGACGGGCAAAUCGCAAGAUUACGCCAAAACUCUGUGUGAAAUCUUCAAGCACGCCUUCGACGCGAAGGUCAUGUCCAUGGACGAAUACGACGUGGUGGACCUGGAGCAUGAGACUCUUGUUUUAGCCGUGACCAGCACAUUCGGCAACGGCGACCCACCUGAGAACGGAGAGAAAUUUGGAGCUGCCUUGAUGGAAAUGCGUCACCCGACGUCCAACACGGAGGACAGAAAGAGCUACAAGGUCCGUUUCAACAGCGUGUCCUCGUACUCCGACACUCGCAAGUCCUCCAGCGACGAACCGGAAACCAGAGUUAACUUCGAGAGCACCGGACCUCUGGCUAACGUCAGGUUCUCAGUGUUUGGCCUUGGCUCCAGGGCCUACCCACACUUCUGCGCCUUUGCCCACGCUGUGGACACGCUGUUUGAAGAGCUGGGGGGUGAGCGCAUCCUACGCAUGGGAGAAGGAGAUGAGCUGUGUGGCCAGGAGGAGUCGUUCAGAACAUGGGCCAAGAAAGUUUUUAAGGCCGCCUGUGACGUGUUCUGCGUCGGGGAUGACGUGAACAUCGAGAAGGCCAACGACUCCUUGAUCAGCAACGACCGCAGCUGGAAGAAGAGCAAGUUCCGUUUAACGUACACGGCCGAGGCCCCGGCCCUCACGGAAGCGCUGUACAGCAUUCACAAGAAGAGAGUUUAUGGAGCAAAGAUGCUGGAAUCUCAAAAUUUACAAAGUUCCAAAUCCAAUCGCUCCACGAUAUUCGUGCGGCUCCACACGAACAACCACGACAACCUGCGCUACAGGCCCGGCGACCAUCUGGGUGUCUUCCCUGGCAACCACGAAGACCUGGUGACGGCUCUCAUAGACAAACUGGAGGAUGCUCCACCCGUCAAUCAAAUUGUCAAAGUGGAGUUCCUGGAGGAGAGGAACACGGCCCUGGGUGUAAUCAGCAACUGGACAAACGAGACUCGGAUCCCCCCCUGCACCAUCUACCAGGCGUUCCAGUUCUUCCUGGACAUCACCACCCCUCCGAGCCCCGUGCUGCUGCAGCAGUUCGCAGCGCUGGCGACCAACGACAAACACAAAAAGAAACUGGAGCUCCUCAGUAAGGGCCUGCAGGAGUACGAGGAGUGGAAGUGGUACAACAACCCGACGCUGGUGGAGGUGCUGGAGGAGUUCCCUUCCAUCCAGAUGCCCUCCACUCUGCUGCUAACCCAGCUGCCCCUGCUGCAGCCUCGCUACUACUCCAUCAGCUCCUCUCCGGACGUGCACCCGGGAGAGAUCCACCUCACGGUGGCCGUGGUCUCGUACCGCGCCCGAGGUAAUGUGGGGAUUCCUUUAAAACCUCCAACAAUACCCCUGCAAAGAUGGCAGCGCCGCCGUAGCCUCACAGAUGAUGGAGAGGGCCCCAUCCACCAUGGAGUGUGUUCAUCGUGGCUCAACCGGAUAGAGAAGGGAGAGAUGGUGCCGUGCUUCGUCCGAGGUGCGCCAUCGUUCCAACUUCCCAAAGACAACCAAGCACCUUGUAUCCUGGUGGGUCCAGGAACAGGCAUCGCCCCUUUCAGAAGCUUCUGGCAACAGAGACUGUAUGACCUAGAACACAAUGGGAUUGAUUCAUGCCCCAUGAUCCUGGUGUUCGGCUGUCGGCAGUCUGUGAUGGACCACAUCUACAAGGAGGAGACCGUCCAGGCCAAGAACAAAGGCGUGUUCAAGGAGCUCUACGCGGCCUAUUCCAGAGAACCCGGCAAACCAAAGAAAUACGUACAGGAUGUGCUGCGCGAGCACCUGUCGGAGACGGUGUACCGGAGCCUGAAGGAGGAAGGCGGACACAUCUACGUGUGCGGGGACGUUACGAUGGCCGGGGACGUUCUCAAGACUGUCCAGCAAAUCAUCAAGCAGCAAGGCAGCAUGAGCCUGGAGGACGCCGGCUUCUUCAUCAGCAAGCUUCGAGAUGAGAACCGCUACCACGAGGACAUCUUCGGUGUCACCCUGCGCACCUAUGAGGUCACCAACCGGCUUCGUUCAGAGUCCAUCGCCUACAUCGAGGAGAGCAAAAAGGACCCAGAUGAGGUCUUCUGCUCGUAGGUUGAUUGAGUCGCCGGCUUUCUGACAACAACCAGUCUGGAGGACUCAUCAACGCUGGUUAAAGAAUACUGUGCCAAUUUUUUGUACUGUAAAAAAAAAAAAAAAAAAAAAAGAAGAAAAGAAAAAGAAAAAAGGUUUAUUUCUUUCUUUUGUACCACUUCUUCAGUGUUUCUGUUGGGCUCUGCGGUUUUGUCUGUAUCAAGUUGGAAAUGUUCUGUUCUCUGAGAAUCUGUUUUGCUUGUUGAUGAUACUUCCAAAAAUUAUAAAUUGAUCAUUUUUGAUUCAUAAUGUGUGCACCUAAUGUAAUGACCUGCCUCAUUGUGAAUGCAUGACCAAGACAAGAAUAUACUCAAGAAAUAUGAUAUACUCUGUGUUAUUGUUCCAGCUUUUAUUGGGGUUUUAUAUCGGCAAGGCAGCGUGUGUCACUGAUAACUAUGUGUCGGUGUGAAUUAACUUUAAUUGUAGAGGAGGGAAUCAGGACUGUUAAACAUUUAUUUGGGCUUUUUUUUUUUUUUUUUUUUUAAAAUGUCAAAGGCUGUCGUUGUAGUCAAAGAAAGCUGUACAGGCAUGCUGACAGGAAAAAAAAACACACAAAAAAAACAUGAAAGACAGAUGUGUUGCGCGCAAAUCUGACACGGUUCACCCUGAAUUAAGAAAACAGCAGCUCAGUCACGGCCUCGGUAAACAUAUAUAAUCUAGCUCUUCACUAGUAAUCCAUCAAAGUGCAUCAGCCUCUGCUCUUCUUACGGUCCUAUCUGUUCCGUCAUCAUAAUCUCGUACGUCUCAGUCGGCAGCAGCUGCCUAGGAACGUGCAGCGCAGCCAGUAAAAGGCCGUUCCUGAGUCAGCAAAAAAAAAAAAAAAAAAAGUUUUCGAUAAAUAUCUACUGUAGAGCUGUGGCUGGAAAUUAGAAGAGAUUUGUACCAUGGAGAAAAAAGACUUAUCAACUGAGAGGAACUUGCGGGUUUUUCACACGAGAGGGGAAAUGAUUAUUAUUUUGGAGGAAAUUACAGAUUAAUGAUUGGCAUUUUGGGGUUUGUUGAUAAGGAUUUGACUAUGGUUGUAGGUUAUAUGUAGGGUUUUAUUGUGUGGGGUUUAGCAGUUACAGUUGUUGUGUACUUUAAAGAGAAUACGAGGGCUACUGUGUUAUUUAUUAAUUUAUUUUUUUCAUACAAGUUAGUCCUAAUGCAGCUCGGCUUAAAAACUGGAGGUGGAGAAAAACGUGUAACAGUCUUGGCUAUUAAGGCAGGGGUCGUAUUAUCAUCAUUUUGCAUUUUAAGCUUUCCCUUUACUAAGAUAUGUUGGAUUCAUGUUAAUGUGUAUUUAAAUACAUUUACAUUUGUGGGGGGAAAAAAAAAACAUAAAAAAAUGUCUAAUCAACCAAAGAUUUUGCAGUUCUCCCUGUUGAAAAGAUGUAUUAAGGCCUCAUAGCGACUGGUUUAAAAAACAAACAAAAAAAAGUGUUAUUGAUUUUGGGCUUUUCAUAAAUGCAUUUGACCGAUAGUAAUGAGGGGUUAAGAAAAAAGGGCGACGUGCAGAAAAGGCCAAUGCCCCCCCCCCUCCUCACCUGAGUGAGCUACCUGUAUCCAGUCUUUAUGCUAAGCUAGGCUAAUUUGCUACUGACUUGCAUUAUUAUGUCUGUAUUUCCUCAAAAACGAAGCAUAUCUCUGACAAGACGUUGCAGCCGACUGCUGCCAACUCGGUCUCAGUCGUCGCCUCUUGAGCUUUUAAAAUUAGCAUCCAACGGCUUCGUAACUCCUCUGCCUGUUGCCUUACAUGAAGUCUUUGCCUGCGUCUGGCGGUCGUCUGCAUUAACCCACCCUUCUGUCGUCGUCGUCGUCGUCUCGCUGCAUGUGUUGCGCUGUCUUGUGGCUCGGACGCCACGACUUCACUGUGACCUGCUCGGCGGCACCGGUGCACCUGUGCGCUGGUGCGCGCACACGUGGGCCCUAGAAAACCAUCCUAAGUGUGCUCAUCUCUACACGAGUGGGUGUAAACAUGCAUGACCUCAGGUGUGUGUUUCUUACAUGACUAUUUUUGCUCGUUACCUUGUCGAAGCUGGUCAGGUUUUUCAAAUGAGCAUGAGGCUCUUGCUCUGAGUCACAGACGAGCCUGCAAAUGUAAUAUUACAGAUGGUGUUUUGGUAACAGGAAACUGCCCACGUGGCUUUUUUAUUUAUCUUUUAUUUAUUUUAUUUGUAUCUCAGCUGCUUGGCUCGAUUCUUUUAAGUUUCAGGGAAGUCCUUCAUCCAGAGACGAGAAGCAAGCACACUGCCGCUGUGGUCUUUUUUUUUUUUUUUUUUUAAACUGCUUUCCAAGGAGUCAGGGUUGUAGUUUGGAGAUAUUUAUGCAGGGGCCCACAUCGCUUUCUGAUCACCCGCUCUGCAUCAAAGGCGGCUUUUACUCGUCACACUGGGAAGUCUUCUUCACGCCCUUUCUUUUUGUCUUGGGUUCAGAAUUUAAGAUGGCUGUCAGCAUGAUUAAAUGAUUUCAAUGUGGGUUUUUUUUGCUGUUGUUUUUUUAUUUUAUGUCGUUAGUCGCUGCUGAGAAUCUGUUUCCAAGUACUUUUUUUAUUGUUUGGGUAGAAAAUGGGUGAUUCCCGUUGUCCCCGCUGUUGUUCAUUCUGGAUGAAUGUCUCCUCUAAUUUGUUUAAGCGGUUUCAGUUUAAUUGGAAUGAGAGCUGCCAAGAGAAAAAAAAAAAACAUGUCUGUGAUGCAAACUGUGCAACAGGAAAAGAAGUGACAAGAUACAGCUUCUCUAUAUAUAGCUUCUAUAUACAUAUAAAUAUAUAUAUAUAUUAAAAGACAAAAUAUAAACUAUAAAGAGUUCCACUUCAAUCUUUUCUAAGAAUGUAUUUUGAUUAUGUAAAUGAGCACUAUGAUGCUGCUUGAUUUAAAGAAAAAAAAGAACAACAAAAAAAAGGCCUAUUCUGAAUCUCAUAUCCUUUAGGUAUGAGGACAUAAACAGCAGCAUUAAACACAUGCAUGGUGAUCUCCUGUCUCCUGUUCAUAUUUAAAAAACAAAACAAAAAAAAAAAACAGAAGAAGCUCUGUCUUAUUUGCCAGCACCGUGUCAGUCAGUCAGUGAGACUGUAUUGUGAGGUAGUCUGGCCUUUCUCACAGGGCUCCAGGAUGGUAACAACAUUCUUGAAGGGGGGCGGGAGGGGGGCGUUUCUUUCUUUUCUGUGUUUGCAUAUCGCUGCUGCUGCUGCUACGAACAACUCUGAUCCGAUCGGCCUCUGCUACGAUGACCUUUGUUGUGUACUUGAUUGAGGAUAAUCCAUUUUAAUGCAUCAGCUGCGAGGACUUUGCAUUUACUUACAAAUAAAGAGAAACAUUUACAGAA